AUGUCGAACAGCUACUCUGCAGACAAGAGUUUCUGCUAUCUCAUCUCGUGUUUCAGGGCCAGAGUGAAAACCUACAUCCAGGUGGAGCCGGUGCUGGACUACCUGGACUUUCUGCCCGAUGCCGUGAAGGAGCAGAUCCAGAGGACCGCGGUCAACGCUGGGAACAUGCAGGCGGCUGAUGAACUUCUGAACGCUUUGGAGAAGGGAGGCUGGCCCCCCGGCUGGGCUAGACAAUUUCUGGUGGCCCUUCAGAGAGCAGGUAGCGUUUUAGCCGCCCGCUACCUGAACCCAGAGCUCACUGACCUGCCUUCGCCAUCCUCCGAGAAUGCUCAUGAUGAGUGUCUCCAACUGCUGAACCUCCUCCAGCCCACCCUGGUGGACAGACUUCUGGUUAGAGAUGUCUUGGAUAAGUGUGUGGAGAAGAAACUGUUGACAAAUGAAGACCGUAAUCGGAUUUCUGCUGCAGAAAACAAUGGAAAUGAAUCAGGUGUAAGAGAGCUACUGAAAAGGAUCGUGCAGAAAGAAAAUUGGUUUUCUGCAUUUCUGGCUGCUCUGAGUGAAACGGAAAACCAUGCCCUUGUCCAAGAGCUAACGGGCACCCCUGAUUUUGAAAGCAAUGCAGAGAGAAAGAAAGAGCAAGUCAGGGGAGGGACAAGAGGACUCCAGGGUGAACAAAGAUCCCAGAACCUGAGUGGAAACCGAGAGGAGCUCAACCCACUGAGCCACCCAGAGACUGAGAAUUUAUCACAAGAAAGUGGCCCUGACGUUCAAGAGGCAGUUGUUUUAGCCACAGGUCAGCCAAGUCCCGAGGGAGCGGGCUGGGACGAGGAGAAUGAUUCACUGGAAUUGUCUUUGGUGGAUUCUUCUGUUGUCUCAGAAUCAGACACAAGUUUGGCAGAAGGAAGUGUCAGCUGCUUAGAUGAAAGUCUUGGACAUAACAGCAACAUGGGCAGUGAUUCAGGCACCAUGGGAAGUGAUUCAGAUGAAGAGGAUGUGGCAGAAAGAGCAUCUCCUGAGCCAGAAUUGAACCUCAGGCCUUACCAAAUGGAAGUCGCCCAACCAGCCUUGGAGGGGAAAAAUAUCAUUAUAUGCCUCCCUACAGGGAGUGGGAAAACCAGAGUGGCUGUUUACAUUGCCAAGGAGCACUUGGACAAGAAGAAAAAAGCAUCUGAACCUGGAAAAGUUAUAGUCCUUGUCAAUAAGGUGCCACUAGUUGAACAGCUCUUCCGCAAAGAGUUUGAGCCAUUUUUGAAGAACUGGUAUCAUACAAUUGGAUUAAGUGGUGAUACCCAGUUGAAAAUAUCAUUUCCAGAAGUUGUCAAAACCUAUGACGUUAUCAUCAGUACAGCUCAGAUCCUCGAAAACUCCCUUUCAAAUUCAGAAAAAGGAGAAGAUGAUGGUGUCCAGUUUUCAGACUUUUCCCUCAUCGUCAUUGAUGAAUGCCAUCACACCAACAAAGAAGCAGUCUAUAAUAACAUCAUGAGGCGUUACUUGAAACAGAAGUUGAAAAACAAUCAACUCAAGAAAGAAUGCAAACCAGUGAUUCCCCUACCUCAGAUACUAGGACUAACAGCUUCACCAGGUGUUGGAGUAGCCAAAAGACAAGCUGAAGCCAAGGAUCAUAUUUUAAAAAUAUGUGCUAAUCUUGAUGCAUGUACCAUUAAAACUGUGAGAGAAAAUAUUCAUCAACUCAAAGACCAAAUAAAAGAGCCAUGCAAAAAGUUUGCAAUUGCAGAUGACACCAGAGAAGACCCAUUUAAAGAUAAACUUUUAGAAAUAAUGAACAAGAUUCAAAGUUUUUGCCAAAUGAGUCCAAUGCCAGAUUUUGGAACUCAACCCUAUGAACAAUGGACCAUUCAAAUGGAAAAAAAAGCUGCACGAGAAGGAAAUCGCAAAGAACGGGUUUGUGCAGAGCAUUUGAGGAAGUACAACGAGGCCCUACAAAUUAAUGAUACAAUUAGAACGAUUGAUGCAUAUAAUCACCUUGAAGCUUUCUAUAAUGAUGAGAAAGAAAAGAAGUAUGCAGUCCAAGAAGAUGAGAGUGAUGAGAGUGGUGAGGACGGAGAUGGUUGUGGUGAUGAAGACGAAGAUGAUGAAAAGAAACCUUUGAGCCUGGAUAAGACAGAUAGAUUUCUCAUGGAUUUAUUUUUCGAAAACAGGAGAAUGUUGAAAAAGCUGGCUGGAAACCCAAAACAUGAAAAUGAAAAGCUGACCAAAUUAAGAAACACCAUUAUGGAACAAUAUACAAGGACUGAGGAAUCAGCCCGAGGAAUAAUUUUCACAAAAACACGACAGAGUGCAUAUGCCCUUUCCCAGUGGAUUACUGAAAAUAAAAAAUUUGCAGAAGUAGGAGUCAAAGCCCAUCAUCUGAUUGGAGCUGGACACAGCAGUGAGUUCAAGCCCAUGACACAGAAUGAACAAAAAGAAGUCAUUAGUAAAUUCCGCACAGGAAAAAUAAAUCUGCUUAUCGCUACCACAGUGGCAGAAGAAGGUCUGGAUAUUAAAGAAUGUAACAUCGUUAUCCGUUAUGGUCUCGUCACUAAUGAAAUAGCCAUGGUCCAGGCCCGUGGUCGAGCCAGAGCUGAUGAGAGCACCUACGUCCUGGUUGCGCACAGUAACUCAGGAGUUAUUGAACGUGAGAUAGUUAAUGAUUUCCGAGAGAAAAUGAUGUAUAAAGCUAUAGACCAUGUUCAAAAUAUGAACCCAGAGGAGUAUGCUCGUAAGAUUUUGGAAUUACAGAUGCAAAGUAUAAUGGAAAAGAAAAUGAAAAUCAAGAGAAGUAUUGCAAAGUGCUACAAGGAAAACCCAUCUUUAAUAAACUUCCUCUGCAAGAAUUGUGGCGAGCUAGCCUGCUCUGGAGAAGAUAUCCACGUCAUAGAGAAGAUGCACCACGUCAACAUGACACCAGUAUUCAAAGAACUCUACACUGUGAGAGAAAACAAAGCCCUGAAAAAGAAAUUUGUAGACUAUCAAACCAACAGCGAGAUUAUCUGCAAAAAAUGUGGCCAAGCUUGGGGGACGAUGAUGGUGCACAAAGGCUUAGAUUUGCCUUGCCUCAAAAUAAAGAAUUUUGUAGUGGUUUUCAAAAAUAAUAUGCUAAAGAAACAGUACAAAAAGUGGGUAGAAUUACCUAUCACAUUUCCUGAUCUUGACUAUACACAAUAUUGUUUGUUUAGUGAUGAAGAUUGACGUUUGAUUUGAGAACCUUUAAAAAUAUUAUCAACUUAACAUUUAAUAUGAUACUGAUUAAUAUUUUUACUACUCCAGAACUGAUAUGAGUAUUAAUAAAAUCAUUGCUUUACUCUGCAUUGAGCUGUGUAGAGGAAGACAAUAUAAUGUACUUUCAAGUAUCUAUCUUGUGGAUAGGCAGGGGUAAAGAAUACCCACCAGCAAUACUCAUUAGUGUGGAGCAUUAUGGUAUGUGGAAAGAAUGCUGGAGCAUAAAUGAAGAUCCAACGUAUCACUAUCAGUCCUGUCAUUGAUCUUCAAAAUAAAAUUAACCAA